ACAAGCCACAGUUGUUGGGUACCCAAACUUGUAUAGUACCUACAUCCGUUAUUCAAAAUGUAAUAUUUUUGUUUUGUUUUAAAAUAUUUCAAGCAAGUAACUAGUAGUACCGAGUACUGACGCGUCAAACAAUAAUUUUAUUGAGUGCCUAAUUAGGUUUUCGUGGGGGCAUCUGUUCUUGUUGGCUAUAAAAGGAUUUCAAGUUACGAGAUUUUUAAUCCAAAAUGACGGUUUUGGGAAUGGUAUCUGCGGUAGCGGGCUUUGUCAAAGUCCGCUACCUGGUGGACAAGGCCAUGAUCGACAAUAUGAUAUUCAGGGCUCAUUACAGGAUCACCUCUGCUAUUUUGUUUUUGUGCUGUAUUAUUGUGACAGCCAACAAUCUUAUUGGUGAUCCAAUCCAGUGCAUCAACGACCGUGGAGUACCCGGUCACGUGAUCAACACUUAUUGCUGGAUCACGUACACUUUCACCCUGCCUCACGAACAAGGUAAACUAAUAGGCAACGAAAUCGCUCAUCCAGGCCUGGGCAAUGAAAACCAGGAAAAAACCUACCACAGCUACUACCAAUGGGUACCAUUUAUGCUAUUUUUCCAGGGGGUACUAUUUUAUGUGCCUCAUUGGUUCUGGAAAAAUUGGGAACAAGGCAAGAUUCGCAUGAUAUCUGACGGUAUGAGGGGUUUGCUGAUUGGAGACAAAGCGGAAAGAGAGCACAGACAAAAUCGCUUGGUGCAAUAUUUAAUUGAAACCAUGCAUCAGCAUAAUACUUACGCCUUUGGUUAUUUUAUGUGUGAAAUAUUAAACUUUAUCAAUGUUAUAGUUAAUAUAGUUAUGACUGACAGAUUCUUGGGAGGAGCUUUCAUGAGCUAUGGAACUGACGUAGUAAGAUUCUCUAAUAUGAACCAAGAAAACAGGACUGACCCAAUGGUUGCAGUCUUUCCAAGAGUAACUAAAUGUACUUUCCAUAAAUUUGGACCUUCUGGAUCAAUCCAGCGUCAUGAUGCUCUUUGCAUUUUAGCCCUAAACAUCCUAAACGAAAAAAUCUACAUUUUCUUGUGGUUUUGGUUCAUUAUUUUAGCAAUUUUGUCCGGAUUAGCGAUGGUGUAUUCUGUAGCAGUAAUCCUAUUGCCCAGCACUAGAGAAACAAUUCUAAAACGCAGAUUCCGAUUUGGAGCUCCUAAUGCUGUUGAUACUAUCAUCAGAAAAACUCAGGUUGGCGAUUUUCUACUUUUACAUCUUCUGGGUCAAAACAUGAAUUUAUUAGUAUUCGGCGAAAUACUGGACGAAUUUGUGCGCAGAUUGAAUUUUGGCAGCAAUAGUAAUUUACCGUCUGCCCCUAGUACGAUUGAAAUGAGCCCCAUUUAUCCGGAAAUCGAAAAAUACGGAAAGGAAACUGAGACAUAGAUUAAGGAAAUUGAAUUUUAAUAUUUUUUUUUUUUUUUAGUUAGGAAUUGUGAUUUAUAUCUUUUAUAAUUAUAUGAAAUGUACAUGUUCUUAUAUAAAUUUGGAUCAUGCUUUAAGUUGCCUUAGGAGCAUCAUGUGAUUUUCUAGUAAGACACAUAAAAAUUAUUAGUUUUGUAAGUUUGUAUGUUGAAAUGGAGCAGCAGAGAAGUCCCGCACACUAGUAUUGGUUUACCGAAGACAAUCCUGUAUAUAUUACAAGUAGGUAAACCAUCUUUUAAGUCUUAGCUUUUAAGAUUUUUUUAGGUUAAAAGUAUCAGAAAUGGCAUUUAAUAUUUUUAUACUAUGAUUAUUGCUUGUUUUUAUAUACACAUUUGCCUAGUAGGUUUAUUUUAACUAUAGUAAUUGUAAUUUGAAAUGAGAAUAUAAACAUAUCCAUUAUUAGAAAUAGUUUUUAAUUAUUAAGACUGCUUUUUUAAAUAAUAUAUUAUUUUUAUGUUUGUGAAGACUCAAUUUUCAAAAUCAUCGACCUAUAAUAGCUUUAGUAAUAAAAGUAUUCUUAAAUAA